GACACCUCUUGAGUUACCAGCUAUUAUGCUGUAGUGGGUGGCCAGUUGGUUUCCUGGGUGGCCAGUUGGUGGCCCAAGGAGAGAACCAGGCGGUUCUAACUGGCCCCUGGAAACAGUACCAUGUGUUGGGUGGAACCAGCCUAGGGCUGUUGCUGAGCUGAAGCUCAUGAGCGGCUUUAUGGGAACAAGAUGCUGGGAAACUGGGCCGGCUCUCUGAGGAGUUGUCUCCUGCUGUGCUGGGGCUGUCACUCAGUCACAGGAGAGCAACCUGUGUGGAGGGGUGUGGGGCAGCUUUGUGUUGCAGGGGCUCUGACAGACUUGAGCCCGGUCUGCCUCCCCACCUUCAUGGCCUCUCCCAAUUACCAUGUCCUUUACCUCACCCUUCUUGAGAGCCCCCUCUGUAUUUCUCAUACCUGCUGCCUUUAAAUCUCCUUACAGUAACUGCUGAAGGAUGCUCAGUAGCACCUCUUGCUAUCUGACAACUGGUAAUAGGCAUCCAGCUCCAGAUCACCAGGGGAAAAAUGAGUUUCAAGCCUCAGUUGUUGGCACUGGCAUAGCUCUGUGAUGCAGUACAGUUAGUGCUACUUGCUCUGCAUAUUCUUUGGAGCAGGACAGGAAUGCAGGUGUCACCUGUCCCAGCUAAGGGUUCCGAUCAUCAGGCCAGAUAAGAGCACGUCUCACUCAAGAAAUCGUAAUUUAAUAAAAAACAAAUCAGUUCCAGUAGGAAGGAACUGAGGGAGGUCUGUUCUAGCAGGCAGGCUAGAAUUCUUGCUAGAGAGGUGUGGCACUGGUUAUCUUCUCUGCUUGUAUCCAUGUACUGCCCAACUAAAAUACUCCAUUAAUAUUAGGUUUAAUGGAACAAAUUUUUUUGUUGUUAUUGAAUCAUAGGGAAAUCUGAUAGAGAUAGGAAAGAAGUGUUAAAGCAGUAUUAAAUAGUUUCGAUAGCAUGGAGAGUAGUAGCACAUGGAACCUGGUGAUGUGAAGAAACUUGUUACAUGUCGGGUGGGGUUUCUUUGGGGGCAGGAGCCACCCCUUCCUCUGUGGAACACAAAAAUGCUUCCUCAUGGAGCAUAAAAAUCAGAUGGUGAAAAUGGUGUGGGUUACAUAAGCAGCAUGUCCAGGUGAACUUGGCAAGCACUGAAAUGUGUUGAAGCAGAAGGGACAGCAGAGCAUUCUGUCUGAUUUGGAAAAGGUCAAAAAUCUACUUGUCAGAGACAACCUAAGAGAAUUGUAUAUGCUUUGAGGGCUGCAGAAAUGCUGUUUUUUAAAAUAAACUGCAGUCAAGGGCAAUGUCUUUGAGGAGCAUACACAUACACCUUGACUAAAAAUGUCUAUGCAAUUACAAAUACACAGCUACUACAACUGGCCCUGCCAGUCUGGUGCUGGUGUACAGAAACACCUUGUUUGCUGGGUAUUCAGUUUAACUGCCCAGCCAAACUGCUUAUUAGGUCAGAAUUGGAGACUCAAACACGGUUUGCAAAAGUUGCUUUAAGAGUUGAAAUUGGGAAAAUAUUAACACAAAGUUGUUAGACACUGUGUAUCUAGAUUCAGCUCCACAGGUGUUAAAAAGUGUUGAUGGUCUCAUUCUGCCCUGAAAUAGGAAAACGAAAAGAUUUUUUGAUAGGAAGGAUGUGGGUAUACUCAUACAUCUUCACAAGUGGGAAGACCUCUUGGUGACAGAGAAUGUUAAUUUUGAGUAACAUUCAUGCCAAAUUUAGUGGGCUUUUCCAUUAAUGUUAUUGAACCACACUCUGCAGCUGCAUCUCAUUCUGGCUCCUUCAACAUGGAAGAAAAUAUGCAGUUGAUCUACACAGUUGAGUUUUAACAUUUUAAUGAUAGCCCAUCCAAAAGUAAAACAGCAGCUCAGACUGCGGAGACAAACAAACAGGAGCAGUACACAGCUGAUGAACCAGUGAGUUUAGAAUGACCCGUGACACACAGGAGCUGGCUUACAAACCUCUCACACGUCCCUCCAUUCAUCAGCCAGACGGUGAAGCCAUGCUGUUAUGUUCCUGGGCUGGACACUGCCCACCCUGGGCACUCAGUGCUGCCCAGUGCUGCUGCAGCUGCUUGCUUUUCCCCUGUCCUAGGGAGGAUGUGUCACACUGGCCAUGUGAUACUGCAUGUCUGCGUGUGGCAGUGCUGGGCUGCACCGCUGCCAUGCAGUCUGACCCUGGAGCAGGAUUGUUAGUGCCAGUUAAAUGCUUUUCUUCAACAUGAUAAAUCCACGCUGAUUUGACCGAUCACUGAGUAUUUUUCACUGGAGCCUUAGGUAGGUGUUUCAGGAGCUUAGGACCAUCCUGUUGCCCUUCCCCUCUUCUCUCCCAGCCAUUUAGGAAGUCAUCCUGUGAGAUGAGAAGAGAAGGGGACCAGCUGUUAGCCUUGCCAGGGCCAUGGUCCUGCAGCUGUGGUGGAAUCCUCCUUGUGCCACCAGUAGGGCCAGGAGCAGGCUGACCUCAGCAGCGGGAGAACGUGAGUCAGGUUCACCUUGCUCUUAAUCCAUGUGAAGAUCUGUUGGAAACACCUUCUAGAAACCCAAGAAUUUCCAGUCUCCUAAUAAAUCCUGUUGUGUCCAAGAACAGCCUGUCCAAAUGAGCAAGACAUCCCAACAGAACGCCACCACAGAUGCGAGCGGAGCAAGUGUGAUUCACACCCAAGCACACUCCAGUGGUUUGCAGCAGGUUCCCCAGCUGGUGCCAGUUAGUCCUGGUGGUGGAGGCAAAGCUGUGCCUCCGAGCAAACAGGGAAAGAAAAAUUCCUUUGUGGAUAGAAACAGUGAUGAGUAUCGUCAGCGCAGAGAGCGAAACAACAUGGCAGUGAAAAAGAGCCGGUUAAAAAGCAAGCAGAAAGCACAAGACACGCUGCAAAGGGUCAACCAACUUAAAGAAGAAAAUGAACGUUUAGAGGCAAAAAUUAAACUCCUGACCAAGGAGCUGAGUGUACUGAAAGACUUGUUCCUUGAGCAUGCCCACAAUUUUGCAGAUAAUGUGCAACCUGUUGGCACUGAGACCACCACAACAAAUCCAGAAAACAGUGGACAGUAGACACCUGCUGAAACAAACUCUUGAGGUGCAGCCUGUCUGCAGUGCCCAUGCAGUAACCAAGCAAAAACUGUACCUUUAGUCAUCGUUUUGUGGAGAUUUUCUUCUUUUAGAUUUAACACUGAAGAUUUGUAACAAUUAAACCAGAAACUGGUUAGGGUAUUUGUUUUAAAUAUUUGUCUCCUCAAAGAUUUAUGCAGAUCUGAACUCCUAGCCAACAAGGAAUGUAACAUUUUCACAGGAAUAUUCACUUACCAUUUUGGACUUGGCAUAAUGGGAGGAAUCCAGCAGGAUCACUCACUAUAGUAUCAGGAACUUGUAAUUGGAUAGAACAUCUUUUAAAUGCCUGUUAGCAUAUUUUAGCCCUUUGUUUUCUCCAUUACAUAAUAUAAACCGCAAAGGCUGUGGAGAAUUUUUGCUUUUUACUUUAAAUCCGUAGAACAAGUCCUAUGAAGCACCACAUAGGUCCCUCCUGCCCAGUUAUCAUUAAUGGGGAGGUUGUAGUAAUAGCUGGGAUGCUUACCAGUGUUCACCAGGAAAAUAACAAUAUGCUCCAAUAAUAAAUAGAGGCAGUUGGCCUCCAAAAGGCACAUGAAGCAUCAUGUGCAAGAGGCAAAGCAGCACACUGACAGAGCCUUUUAUUUAAGCUUGCAUUCAUAUUGCUCACAUAGUGACUGGGGCCUUAUGAGAACAAGAGUUUGUUUUCGGAAGAUUUCAAAAUGCUACCAAAACAACUGUGCCCUGCAAAAUUGCAUUCUUGCUGGGAAGGAGGUAUUGGGGAGAACAGAAAGUGCAGCUUGGCUUAGCAGUGAAAGGGGCUGGACAGCAGGUGUUCAGCUGGGAUGUAUGGAUCACUGCUGGCUGACAUUAAUCUUACAGAAAUUUAUGGUGAUUUUAAAAAUAAAUGGCCCCAGUAUGAAUAACUGAUUUGACGGAAUUUCUGCAGCCAUCAUACAGCUGUGUGAAGGAGUAUCUUCAGUCUUUAUUUUCGUAGAAGUUUUCCUGUAGCAACUUUUUUAUUGCUACUGCUUAGUCUUUGCCAUGAUCCAUAAUGCAGUGUGCUGUGUGCUCUAUUGAGGAUUUAAACAAAGUAAAGCGGGAACUUUGAUGUAACUUUAAUUUAUUUUCAUUUUUAAAUAUUUCAUUGAUGGUAUGGUUAUUUUACAUUUAACCAGUUUGUCUGUCUUGUAGAUUACUACACUGUUCUAAUUUCCCUCUCACACUACCUUUGUCCAUAGAUUAUUUUGGAGGAUGCUUGUUUGCUUUGUAUCUGUACUUAGGAAGAAACUUGGAUGUUAUCUCUAUGAAGAUACUGUUAGAGAAUGAAACCUUGAGAAGUUCUUUUUUGAAUUUGAACUUUUAAUACAUGUGGAAAACUUUAAUGGAUUGUUUUGGAUUAUGGUAGACUUUUUACAGAUAUGUUUUUUCAUUCUAACUGCAUCUUAAGUUGGUAGGGUUGAAAUACCAGAAGCUAAUAAAAAUGUUUUGCUUGUAG